UAAAAUGCAGAGAUAAGCCAUAUAAUCGCCGCGCGGGGACAAAACCAAAUUCAUUUCAAGUAUUAAACUACAAAUUAAGCAGCCUCCAUCCUAGUGUAAUAGUUUUAUUUAACGGCACCGCCUUUUUCGUCGCUCGUUUUCGCUUGGGUUCAUUGUAUGUCCAUUUUUGGUGAAUAAUUUUUGCCAAAAACCUUCGCACCAAUGAGAAAUGAGAUUUAAUUGGUUGAGCGAAUACUUGGCCGAAAUCAGAAGCAACUUCGAUUCAAUAUCGUCUCCCUGGAGGCAAUUGCAGCUGCAGCAGCUCACUCCGCAAGCCAUCUACUGCCGCAUCAAGUCCACAUCUGCCGAAGCGCUGGAGCACAUAGUGAUUGCAUGUGUGGUAUACUUGCUAGUAUGCCUUGGCCUAUACAAGCUCACCUUCUGGCUCUCCACCCCGUCAACGACGACCAACAACAAUCGCCUUGGCGCUGGCAGCCAUGGAGCGAAUCGUGACAGGGAGAGGGACCGGGAUCGGGAGGCGGGCAGUCUGAAGCAGAUGCUGCAGUCUGGCCUGCGUUUGCGUAGCGUUCACCUGCCCAAGUCGGCGCAAAUGGAUCGGGUGCUACUGGUCACCGCCCAUCCGGAUGACGAGUGCAUGUUCUUUGGCCCAUUGAUCUACUCGCUGACGCAACGCGACAACUGCCAGGUGUACAUAUUGUGCCUGUCCAAUGGCAACUACGAGCAACAGGCGAAGCUGAGGCGGGAGGAACUGUGGCGGGCCUGCAUAAAAUUGGGCAUUCCCGAGUCGAACAUUGUGCUGAUGAAUGCCACCAACUUGCCGGACGAUCCCAAUGUCGAAUGGCGGCCGGAUGCGGUAGCGAGCCUGAUACUCCAUACCGUCGAGAGUCUCGACAUACAGGCGAUAUUCACAUUCGAUCGCGAUGGCGUCAGCUCGCAUCCCAAUCACUGUGCUGUCUACUAUGCGGCGGCGUCACUCUGUUUGGCCAACCUAUUGCCCAAAGAUUGCAAGUUCUAUACCUUGGACUCGAUCAAUUUGGUGAGAAAAUACCUAUCCAUCUUCGAUUUGCUAUGCACAUGCUUCAUGUCAACGCAUUGGUGUAUACUCAGUUGGAAAGAGGCAGCGGUUGUGCGGAGUGCCAUGCUGGAGCAUCACUCACAGAUGAAAUGGUUCCGCUGGCUAUAUAUCUACACAUCGCGCUAUAUGUUCAUCAAUUCGAUGCGCCAAAUAAAUCUCUCGGAUGUCGAACUGGAAAUGCAAAUACAUGACAACUAAAAAGUUACUUAAAAACGUUUUGAAAGUUAAAUGAAAUGAAUUGUGGAGAAGCGAGCGAAAACACCAAAAGACAAAACUACCUUCAAGAUGGGAGUUGUUUUCCUUUUUUUGUUUUGUUUUGUUUAUAAAUAGACUCUGACGAUUCUACUAGUAUAGCCAAAACACGGACUGUAGUGCACACAUAAUUGAUAUCCAAUAACCCAGGGAACAACAUGGAACAACCAUAGACAUACAAUACGUAGGAGAAAGCGAAACCACAAGCAAAAAAAAAACAGUCCAUUAAAUUACGAGUAGUUUGUCUCACCAAAUGGCAUAUCUUUAUAUCUGCAUAAUGCAUAAUUAGUUAGCUCUAAUUCUUGAUUAUAAACCAUUACCAAUUAUUAUUUAUACAUACAUACUCAACUCCAAGCAAUGUUCCAAAGUGUGCGAUAUAGUCAAAUGCUUACAAAACAUAAAACUAAAUUAAAGCUACCAAUUAUUAUAAUUGUUAUUAGUUUCUUAUUGAUAUUGAUUAUUAAUUAUUGUAUUGAUUCCUUCCUUAGCGCAUACCACACACACUCACACACACACACACACACACACACACAUUUCUAGUGAGCAAAAAACACAUUUAUGUUUCUUGUAAAAUUGUAAAAUAGUUUGUUGUAAGCAGCGAAGUACAAUAAUUUUUAUAAAUACUAUAUAUGUAUGUAUUGUAUACCUAACGAUAUAUGUGAAUGUAUAAAAUCUACUUAUGAGCCCCACAAAGAGCGAAGCAAGAGAGAGCCACAGAGCCGAGCCGGAAGCGUUAAUAGAAAAUAAUAGUUCAUAGAAAUGCUGUUAAACAAAAACAAAUAUUUUAAUGGAAUCAUUUGCGAAGAACGCAAACUGCACCAUUUUUAAUGGAUCAAAACGCAAACACUUUUAGUAAAAUGCGAAGCGAUUUUUGUUGCAAAU